AUGCUGUUGGGUCUUCCCAUUGACGGUAACGAAGUGAAUGGUCCUGUUCAACUACCCAAUAGUCAAUGUGAGGAAUUGUUGGGCAAAGAUAUGUUAGGUCAAGGUGAUGCGAGGGGACAAGGUAUUUUUCUUACUCAACUUAAGGAUCAUUAUGAAAGUCUUCAAUUGAAUGACAAUUCAACCGAGGAAGAAAAAAUAAUAAAAGCUAGAAAUUACAUUAUGAUGAUGUUUGGUUGCUUCUUAUUUCCCGAAAGUACGGGCAAUAGUGUCAAUAUGUUGUAUUUACCAUUGCUUCGAGAUUUUAACCAAACAAGAGAGUAUAGUUGGGGUUCCGCUGUUUUAGCCUUUCUAUACGCUUCAUUGUGUAAGUGUGCAAAAAAACGCUUGUACUUUCUUUGGAUGCACCCUCUUGCUGCAAGUAUGGGGUUUUGCGUAACGGGCAUGAAUUACACGAAGAAUCCUCGACGACAUCUAGCCACGUAUCGAAAUCUUUUGGAUCACCUUGGGGAAGGCGAUUUUAUUUGGAGACCAUAUUUGGGUUUGGAGCAUCAACCCAACCAAGAGGAUAUGGAAAUUUGGACUGCAAAAACCGCAAUCAUACGGUUCAACAUUGUGGAGAUGCACCAAAGCGACCGAGUUAAAAUGCAAUUCGGCAUGCUUCAAGAUAUUCCGUCUGACCCAACUUGUUUGGAUCCUUGGCAUCAAAAAAGGGUCGACGGUCAGUGGGAUAUUGUUAACUGGCAAAAUUUUGCACCGGAAUGCUGUAGGAUGUGGAGGAGACGUGCCCGACAUGUGUUGUUGUUUCCUAUUUUCCCCGAUGUGCAUCCUAUGCAACACACACGUCAAUAUAUGUCAUGGUACAGAAUGGUUACUAACCCUGAGAUGUUUGUGGUUGAGCCGAGGUAUUUGGUCGACCCACGCACACGUUGGGCAUCGACAUCAAAUCAACAACAACAAUACCAACCAACACACACCACCCAACAAGUAAACCAACCAGAAUACCAACAACCGUUCACCACCGAACAACAAUACUAA